UAGUCAGUGGUCACAGGCGGCAGAGAUUUUAUGAAUUUAUGGCAUCUUGAUAAAGAUUACUGAGGAAAAGUCACGGAGCUGAUCUUCUGGAAGGCAGCAGUGGUUGAUCUGCAGCUUGAGAAGUUGACCAUGGAGUGGACAAGAGUGGCCCUUGUUGCAUUGGUUCUGCUGGUAACUCUGGGAUUGUCAAGAGCCAAGGUUGAGGAGGAGAACCCCGAGUUCUGGAGGUCAAAGGCCACACAGACUCUACAAUCAGUCCUGGACAGAAAACUGAACACCAAUGUUGCCAAGAACGUCAUCCUUUUCCUUGGGGAUGGAAUGGGAAUUACAACCUACACUGCUGCCCGAAUCCUCAAGGGGCAGCUACAGGACCAGACCGGAGAGGAAACAGUGAUGACCAUGGACACCUUCCCACACGUGGGGCUGGCUAAGACCUACAGUGUAGACUUCCAGAUCCCAGACAGUGCAGCCACGGCCACGGCGUAUUUGUGUGGAGUAAAAACCAACCUGAACACCAUCGGAGUCAGUGCGGCGACUCGCAACGGGGUCUGCAAAACUCAGAAAGGGAAUGAGGUCACCUCCAUUCUGAAGUGGGCCAAAGAUGCUGGUAAGUCUGUUGGUAUUGUAACGACCACACGGGUGCAGCACGCCACCCCAGCAGCUGCCUACGCCCACAGUGCCAGCAGGUCAUGGUACGGCGAUGCAGACAUGCCUGAUGCGGCCAAAAGGGACAACUGCACCGAUAUCGCAUCGCAGCUUAUCGAAAACAUAGACAUCGAUGUGAUCAUUGGUGGAGGCAGAAAGUACAUGACACCUCGGGGCACCAAAGACCCAGAAUACUCCUCGGAUUUGUCUUCCUGGGGCACAAGAAGAGAUGGACGAAACCUAAUCCAGGAGUGGCAGAGCAUGAAAACAGGAAAGGUAGCCCACUAUGUGUGGAAUAAAAGUGAUUUUGAUGCUGUUGACCCUGAAGCCACUGACUACCUCAUGGCUCUGUUUGAACCCGGGGAUCUGCGUUAUGAGGUGGAGAGGGAUCCAAGCACUGAUCCGUCUAUUGUUGAGACCACAGAAAAAGCAAUCCAGAUCCUGCAGAAAAACCCAAGAGGUUUCUUCCUACUAGUGGAGGGGGGAAGAAUUGACCAGGCCCACCACGCCGGCCGGGCCUACAUGGCCCUACAUGAGGCUGUUGCUUUCGAUAACGCCAUCGCCAAGGGCCUCGAACUCACAAAAGAGGACGAAACUCUCACUAUAGUGACGGCCGACCACUCCCACCCUCUGACCUUCAAUGGAUUCCCCUUUCGAGGGCAGAGCAUUCUGGGUAAAUCUCCUCUGUGGGGUACAGACUUUUUACCCUACACCACUCUGAUGUACGGCAACGGACCAGGUCACAAAAUCAUUAACGGCAAGCGACCUGACAUUCGAAAUGUCGCCACAAAAGAUAAAAACUACGUCCAGCUCUCUGCCGUCCCCGUAGACUCGACCACCCACAGCGGGGAGGACGUGGCAGUGCUGGCCCGUGGACCCAUGUCUCACCUCUUCAGCGGGGUCCAGGAGCAAAAUUACAUUGCCCACGCUAUGGGCUAUGCUGCCUGUGUGGGGGCCGACCUGAGGCACUGCAAUGGAGGGUCUAUACCACCUGCGAACUCCAGUAAGAAGUCUGUGGCAGUUUAGACCUCAUCAGCUCUGUUCAGCAGCCUCCUCAGUUUGCUGCUGGCCCUAACCGUGAUCAUGUAAGACCCCCUCCCCAGGUGAAGGAGGGGGCUCUUACACCAGCACAGCUUCAGGAUCGUUGAUGCCAGCAAAGCAUUUUGCUGGCAUCUGAGAGACAGAAUAAGGAGGUGAUAAAAUUUGUUUUGUUAAUCCAUCGGCUGCUGAAGAACUUGCCUCAUCUUCAUUUUUCACUAAUAAAAUAAUUUCUAACUACAAAGUUGAUAUGUCACUAUUAUGAUUAAUGAUCCAUAUGAAAACACAGCUUUUUACUCACAUUAAUAGCUUCACAUGGCUUCAUCGGGGAAAGCCAUUACAUUGUUCAGAUUUCCAACAUCAGAAGUUAAAAAAAUUAUUAAUACUUUACAGCUCUCAGCUAGCACAGGGAACCUUCAUCUUAUAAAUAUCCAAUUUUGAGCUUAAAAUUUAGUUUGUAACCUAAAUAUUGAGCUUGCUCACCAAAUAUUUUGUUUAGAGCUAGGUCUGGGCAAUAAAUCAAUAACAGUAUCGCGAUAGAGGCAUGAGUAAUAUCAAUAAACAAAUCAGAAAUAUGAAUAAACAGUGUGCUUAUUUAUAUUUAUAAAGAGAAGUUUCAAUAGUUUCACUGAACUCUGAUCCAGAACUACACAGCAUUCUGGGGGAUGUAGGCAGAGGAAACGCGUUAGCAGCUCAACUUCUCACAGCGAGCUAAGCAAGGUGGGUGACUUCGACCAACUCACUCAUUUUUGGUUACCCUGCAACAACUUGUUUAGUAAAUUUCAUGGCAGCGGGUUUUGCCACCUACAAUAAACAAUAAAAGCAAUAAAAAUCAGCAGCAUGUCAUAAAAAGGAGUAAAAAGGAUAAAAUCAGCAUAACAGCUCCAGAGGACCAGUUACAGGAACAGGUGAGGUCAUAUCAACGGUUUGGCAGCAUUUCAGAAAUUUAAAACAACAAAAACAAAUCAAUAAUGAUUUCAACUGAUAUGAAAUGCUUAUUUUGUGGUGUGUUUAUCAGCCAUAUUGUCCAGCUAAACAGCAUUUGAGUUAAAUAUUUAUAGUUUGCUAGAUAAUUAAUGUGAAACUGUGACACGAGUAACAUGGUGAACAUUUUAAGAGACAUUCACACAAACAGAGUGGUAGUGUUUGCAUAAAUUUGAGCCUGCAUGAAUACUUCCUCUAAUCCAGAUGUAAAUUUAUUUAAUAUAAACUACAUCUAUGUUACUAAAUAUUUUAUCGAUGUGAUAAAAAUGUACGUAGGAUCAGUAAGUAGUUGGAUUUCGUUUGCAGUAUGUGUAAUUUUCCAAUCUGUGAUGCAACAGGCAACCAAGAAUCACUCCUCGUGGCUUUGAUCCCUUCCUCCAAUAUCCGCUGUGCUAAUUAAGGUUUGAGGCGGCGUGCUUUCAUGAUAUCACCACUGCAGUCCAUUAAUAAUGCAAAAAUAUUUAAAGUCCGUCUAUUUUUAUCUGUGACAGAUUGUGGUAAUUAUUCUGGACAUCUGGUAGGGAUUGGAGUUUGUUAAGCCUGAUUUGGACUCUGUGCUCAUUUAGCCUGGCCAGAGGCCCUCAUCAUGUUUGUUUCAGAUCUCCGUCUUUUACGCCGAGGCUCAAUCAGACAUGAGACAGUGGAGGAAAGCAUCAGAGACAUUUUCAAGGAUGCGUAAAUACGAAAGGAGAGAAAAACAAUGUCUGUUAAGAAACAACAACAAAGCAAAUUAUUCUAGAAAUGAACUGGAUUUCACAUUCAAUGUUAGUCAGUAAAAUGUAUGUACAGUAAGUCUUCGUCUAGUUUUUUCCCCCUUUGCUUUAUUUUCCUGCUUAUUCAUCUUUUUUAUGGUUGAACUCUGAAUAAGCAACAUUCUUCUCAGACAAAACUUCAGCCUCUCUCACCAGAUUUAAUCUACUUCUCAAAUCUAUAAUAGCAUCUUCUCUGAAUUUUGGUCUUAUAAAAAUCCAAACAUUAAUUAGAAAUUUGCUCUUAUCUCCAGCGAUGAGAGCCUGAAGGUUUGGAACAGAUUACUUAUUUGGUCUCCAGCAGGAACCGUGUCAUUUCAUCUCUGCCCUCUAUGAUCCUGUUAAGCCCCAAACUAAUUGGGUUUAAAGUGAUCUUUUAAUUUUACCAACAUGCUUCUUCUGGCUGGAGGUAAAAUGAAUGUUUUGGAAUACUCCAGUCAUGACGGGGCUAAAAAUUAGGGUGAUGGCAUGGAGUCCUUCAAAUCUCAAAAACUUAGAGCUCAUCACCAAAAAUACGCCUUUUAAAAACAAAUGGAAGCAUAAAAAAGACAGACAAAAUAAGUAGAGACAAAAUGCAGUUUUUAAAUGUAGGUAUGACCCACUCAUCUUUGCAGAAUUGCUGUAAUUCAACCACAGGGGAAGGUUUUUGAGCACGUCUAAUUUCACCAGAAAUACAUUAUAUAGGUUGAUCAUAUGAAAUCUCUUCACACCCACAUUUAGAAUUCAGACAUUUUUUCUGUCUAAAGCCAUUGCAUAAUAUCUCUAAUGCUUUAGUGCUGCAUGCAAACAUUUCUUUCUUUCUAAAAA